AUGGACACAGGAGGUCUCGCUCAAAUGCAUCCCUCCAACUUCGGUGCACCUGCCUUGGGCAUGCCGUCAUCCGGUCUCGCCUCACGCCGCGGUGGCCAAAAUCUGAAGCCUCUCUCGUUCGAAGCCCUCAAGUCUCCUGGCGACAACAAAGAGAACGGGAUUCCCACUCCGAGAACGAGCCGAUCACACCUGCUUGCCGGCCUGAGGACGGCGCCCAAGUCGGCCACCACAGCUACCUUCCCGGCCUCUCCAACCACUGCUGGUCCUGCUGCGCAGAUGCGUAAUAGGAACUCGAUCGCCGGAAAUGUAUAUGGGUACCAAGAGAACGCCUACAAUGGCCCCAAAACUUCAAUUCCCCGCUACGCCAACGUUCAGCAGCCCCAGCCGCAACAGCAGCAACAGGUCCCUCAAGGUUACAACCCUGCCCUGACGAGCUACAACCAGCAGUUCACGCCUGAGCAAAUCCUCGCUCCCCCUGAGAUUCACGUCGACGGCCAAGAGCAGAUGGAUCCCGACUACCUUGCGCAACUGGUUGCCACCAAUCUACAGCUCGCUCAGCAGCAGCAGGCUCUUCAGCAGCAACUUGCUUACCUUCGACAAGCUCAGCAGCAGAUUCACGGAGUCAAUCUUGGCCAGCAACUAAGUUACCAGAAUCUGUACCAACAACAACAGCAGCAAGUCCGGAAUAUCCAGUCUCUCAUGGGCAACACCAUGGCUGCUCAGCCAAACAUCUACACGGUCUACGACCCCAUGACCGGCCAGCAGACCUACUACGUUGACCAGAACGCCCAGCAGCAGCUGAACAACCAGUUUGUGGAUCAGGCACAAUUUAAUCGAGGCUUCCAACAACAGCAAGGUUCUGGCACCCCACGCCUUCAAGUGUCGCCUCCACCGGUGGAGACUCCCCAGCCGAUUUUCCGCAACACGUCUCCCCCGCGACGAUACGACUCGCCAAUCGAGAACCCGACACCGCUCCCACCUCCUUCUGCCAACGCUUUCCGUCGUGGACACAAGAAGUCCUCGUCGUUGGCUAAUGUCAACGCACAGCUGGCACAAGCUUCGCAAGAGCCACCCAAGUCGGCUGGGCCUAAGACUGCAUCCUUCCCUUUGACACCUAUGGCUGGCGGUUAUGGACCAGGUCAAGCCCGUGCUGGCGAGCACCCAAUUCGUCAACCUCGUGGCCCCCCUUCGAUGGAAGAACUCAAGGACAAGCCCACCGCUCGUCAUGAAGGAUCCAAGAACUUCGUCACCCGCACGCGACGAUCUGCCGUCCACAACCUCGUUCGCGCUGGCUUGGAGCGCCGCAAGGGUAGCGGUCCCAGCAGCUCUGGUACCAUCAGUCCGAUCUCCGAGUCUGCCGAGGAAGCUGCCACCCCGCUUACCGACAACGAGUCCGACUCUGGGCAUAGUGGCUCAGGUAGCCUGAAUGGCGAUGAUGUCGAGUGCAGCCUUCCGAGCUCCCGCACGAGCACUGGUAGCUGGGGUGCUAUUGGCUCUGACAGACCGGGCUCCCGACAGAAGGCUCGCAACAGUGUGGGCAGUGCUUCCGAUGGCGAGGCUGGAAACGGCAGCUUUGCCAGCGUCUUCAAAAACGCAGGCAGGACCGAGGCAGCUCAAGAGAGCCAGGGCCAGCGUCGUGCUCCAAUGCUGGUGCUCACCAGCGCCGAGAAGCGCAAGAUGGUCGCCUAA